AUGAACACCCGCACUCACUUGCUUUCCUCACAACCCUCAGGAGACACCGCGAAGAGAACUCCCCGCAGGGCGCACCUCCCGGAGGGAGACUCCCGCGCUCUCUCCGGGUGCGGGUGUCCCGGUGCCGGGGCGACGCUGGGUGGCCCGCCGUCCCGCGGUGCCGGCCCUGCCCGUGCCGGUGCCCGGUGCCCGGCCCUGCCCGGCGCCCGCCGCAGGGCUGGGCGCGCGUGUCUCCUGUGGAAAUCCCGGCGCCUCCACUCCGCCCGCGCGGUGUCCGUGGGCUGGGGCCGGGCGGGGAGCAGCCCCGGCCGCCGCCGCCCCGCCCGCCAUGCCGCAGCCGUAGGCAGCCGCGGCCGGUCCCAGCCCUGGCCUCCGCGGCCUCCGGGCCGAUGGGCCAGCCUGCUGAGCGGGGUCAGCUUCAAGGAGCCCACCACGGUGGAGGACUGCGUCACCUGGGAGACCGACUCGGAGCCCGAGGCGGCGGAACCGCGGCGGGCAGGAGGGGUGUGCGCCGCCGCGGAGGCGGGGAAGAGCCGGCGACCGCCCGCCGCCGACUGCCGGCCCCGGGAGCCCCCGCCGCCCCGCCGGAGGACGGGAGAUCAGGCAGAGCCGGACGCCGCCGGCCCCGAGCAGAAUGGUGAUGGAACUGAGCUGACAGCCAAGCCAAAGAGAAGCUUCUACGCAGCAAGAGAUUUAUACAAGUACCGACACCAGUACCCACAGAAUUUUAAAGAUCUUCGAUAUCAAAAUGACUUGUGCAAUCUCCGGUUUUACAAAAAUAAAAUCCCAUUUAAGCCUGACGGGGUUUAUAUUGAAGAAGUCCUAAAUAAAUGGAAAGGAGACUAUGAAAAACUGGAACAUAACCACACUUACAUACAGUGGCUUUUCCCACUGAGGGAACAAGGUCUGAACUUUUAUGCUAAAGAAUUAACUACAUAUGAAAUUGAGGAAUUCAAGAAAACAAAAGAAGCAAUUAGAAGAUUCCUUUUGGCUUACAAAAUGAUGUUGGAGUUUUUUGGAAUAAAACUAAUUGAUAAAACUGGAAAUGUAGCACGAGCUGCUAACUGGCAAGAAAGAUUUCAGCAUUUAAAUGAGUCUCAACAUAACUACUUGAGAAUCACUCGAAUUCUGAAAAGUCUUGGCGAACUUGGAUAUGAGAGUUUCAAAUCUCCCUUGGUAAAAUUUAUUCUGCAUGAAGCUCUGGUGGAAGAUACCAUUCCCAACAUAAAGCAAAGUGCUCUAGAAUAUUUUGUGUAUACUAUUAGAGACCGAAGAGAAAGAAGGAAACUGCUGAGAUUUGCCCAGCAACAUUAUACGCCCUCAGAGCAUUUUAUCUGGGGGCCUCCAAGAAAACAAAAGUCAGAGGGAAGCAAAACAAAUAAAAAGCCAGCAUCUCCAAUUUCUAUUCCCAAUAGUCAUAUUUCUAAACAUAAGAAACCCAAAGAGCCUAAGAAUACAUCAGCAAGUGGAAGCUCAGCUGGUAAAACAACUGAAGAAAAAAAGGUAGAACUCACAAAAAAUGAGGAAGAAAAUUAUCAGGAUGAACAAGAAAUGAACUCUGAUGCUGUUAGGCAGAACAGUGAAAAGAACAGUGACACUGAUACCAGUCAGCUUUCAAAAUCAGAAGAAAUUCAUGAUACUUCAGACAGAAAGGAGGAUGCUUCUCAUUCCAAAAAAGAUAAUGAAAAUCUGAACAAUGACUGUGGAAGUCACCCAGGCACUAUAGAGAAAGAUUUAUGUAACACUGAGAAUUCUUCAAAUAACACAUCAGCAGAUCUACAAGAUAACCUUGAUAAGGAUACGCUUUCAGGGGGGACCACCACAAAAACCAAGGAUGAGCUCAAAGCAUGAGUCUGAGGUUAAAAAUCAUUAUGUUUCAUAUUUAAUGAAGCAAAUUAUUCAUUGCUCCUUCAUUUUGGUUGGAAUUUCCAUCUAGUUUAGUAUAAAAUGUUGAUGAGAAUACACUUGUUGCAAAUUCAUCAGAUUAGACUUCUGUUACAUUAACAAAUUUUAUUUUUUUCAACCUCAGUUUAUCAGCAGUAAAGCAGGUGUGGCUCUUUAAAACAAUUGUGCAUAUUGAAAGCUAAGAAGUUCAUUAUCUUUUCCAGACAGAUUGCAUAGAAAAGCUUAUCUACUUUUUGCCAUUAAAUUCAUCCAGUAUUAAAAAAAAAAAAAAAAGAAGUGUAACAUUGAAAGCCUUGGAACAUCAGAAUUUUUAAAUUAGUUUUAACAUGCUUUAUGUCUUGAUUUCUGUUUAUGAGAUUACUAGAAAUUACUUCAAGAGCAUAGUUUUUACCCUAGGGUCUAUUUUUUUUAGGAAGUGUUUUCAUGUUUAAUGGCAGUAUUUGCACAGCAUCUUUUACCUUAGAUUAGCAUAUUUGUUGGAGACACAAUGAUGGAUAUUAUAUGUCAUGUCUUAUACAGCUGGGUAUCAUUGUACAUUGAAUAAAAGUUUAACUUACAGUGAAACUUUAUCCUCAGCUUUUGGGUACAGGAGAAGUUGCACUUUAGACUUCUUUUAGUCCCUGUUAAGUUCUCCCUUCUCUUGGCUCAUUUUUUACUACUAAUCUGGGGGGAGGGAUCUCUGAUCACUCAGAUUUGGUCUCAUUUUGAAAGCUGUCGAUCAGCUGUAAUAAAACAACUCCCCCAGUUGGGUUCAGCACCUGGAAAGCCUCUAACAGCUGAAAAGCAAAGCAGUGUCUUCACCACAAAGCACUGCCUAAUCAGCAAAACCAUCAGAGAAAAUGUCAUCAGGCUUGUUAGGUUGGGUCUUACCUUAACUUGGAUGUUUCUUGGCCAGUUUUGGGUAAGGUCUGAACAAUGCUGAGUCCCCUAUUGCUGAUCUGAGAGAGAAAGGCAGUCCUGAUGCUUCCUUCCAGCUGUCUGUUUCCUCCUUUUUGCUAUCUUAAGUCUUUCACAGUUUAAUGUUAUUUCAGUCAUCAGUGGAAACCUGAAGCAGGCCAAUCUUCUGGUCUGGCUGGAGCCCAGCAAGCAGGAAUUUCUCAGUGAAGAUGUUUCUCAACUUUAUUUUACUGAAGAACUGUCUGGUUUCUCUGAGUAGCUGCUUCUGAUUUCCUACCAUUCAGUCAAACAAGAUAGUGCCCAGCAAAUUAAUUGUGCAGAAUACUAAUAAAAAAAUAAUGCAGGUGGAAUUUACACUUCCUACAGUUCUAAAAUAUUCUAAAACUUCUGUAUCUAUUUUCUAUUUAAAAGUCUAUGUGUUAUCCACUGCCUUUAAUAUAUUUCUGAUGAAAUGUUAUGAGGCAGGAGGCUGACUGCAGUUUGAGUGUCAGAGUGCUACGGGACUUUAUUCAGGUCUUAUAACUCAAAAUGGUGAAGUUUUCAGGGGUUUCAGAGCAUAGACAAAAAGUCUUGUACUUUUCUGUUUUGCUAAUGCCCAUCAUGGUGGUGCAUCAUCCAUUGGUUUCCCUGGGUAGCAUUGGUUCUUGGGAUCAAAUAGAGUGGCGGUUAGGGGUCUUGAUACUCAUGGACAAAGAUUAGGAUCUUUCCAUCCCAAAGAAGCAGGGAAGAGGGAAAAUGUAUCUCUCCUUCUGUGCUGACUUGUGAGGAAAAGAACUUACAUACAUGGGAUUUUUUUCUGAGGUUAACCCAGAUCACUCCGGUAGGCAUUAGGUCUGUCUGAGCAGAAAUGCCUCAAAGAAUUCCUCCUGCAGCCACCACCUUUUUAAAGCUGGAAGGAUCCUGAGAAGGCUUUCACAAUUCCCUGGACUUGAACUGGGAUACCCAUGUUCAUGUUCACCUCUGACCUUCAGAACAGAAGGGGGCAGGAAAUAAAACUGUGAUAAAACUGGUCUGCAUAGUUAAGGAUGCUGCCCCCCCGUGUAUCCACAGGGAGGACACUUCACGUUCUGACUGUGACUUUUUCAGUCUUGAGUGCCUAACCAUGCAAACUUCAUAGCAUUGUUUUUACACAGUUGUUUCUUGAAUGGCAUAGGGAAGAUUUAUACCCUGUGUAUAAGGAACAUAACUAUUACAUAAGUAGUUAUACAGAGCCUUCAAUUUACGGACUUUAGUAUUAAUGCUAAACACUUUACAGAAAAUUAAUAGUGUUCAGGGGAAAUAAGGGAUGCCAGGGCUGUUAUUAUAUUUAUACUGUAAUUUGAUUGAACAUCAAUGACCUCAGUAGAUCUUGUAUCUACUGAACAAAAAAAAGAGAAAUCUUACUCUGAUCUAAAACAAAGUUCUAGAAAUGUGCAUCCAGAAGAUUUCUCUGCAGUGCACUAUUCCAUUAUUGUGGCACAGCUCUCACCUAUACAUGCUUACUGGUUCACCAUUCCUAAUUAAGUACUUAAAAUACUUUUAAUCUGGCAGAGAUGCCUGCAUUAAGGGACCAGUGUAUUUGAAAAUGUAGUCAAGAACUUUGGUACUUACAUCCUUAUUAACUCUGCAGUUUUUAAUUUAUUUUUUUAAAACCCACAACUCAGUAUGUUUCAGUUUUCAUGAAAGAGUAGUGGCAUAUCAGUUACCUACAAAGAACCAUGGGGACUGUGCAAGUGAGGGAUUUUUUGUGUCAGGUGGGCUCCUGCCCUCCUUAAUCCUUGUUUUACAGUGUUAUCAACUGAAUUGCUUCUAUGGGACACUUCAACUUUAAUUAACAAAUUCUGCUCUAUGUAAAAUGUGAUGGUUUACCGUUAUUUUCAUAGAGGAAUAGUUUCUUCUGAUUUUGCAAACGUUGAAGGAUUCAUUGCAGGGCAAUCGUACAGCAUAGCAUCCUCUUGAGAUUUGUGAGGAUGAGGUGGGUGCACUGUAUGCAUUUCUUUACAGAAUCAUGGCCUUAGCAACCAUAGCACCCCAUGCUUGAAGUUCUGAGUAUUGGUUUUCAGGUUUACAUUAUAAUAUGUGUUGAAAUGAUUGUAUUCUUAUAAGCACCAGUACUUAGUUAUUUAAUAAUUACUUCAGGAACUGAGGGUGUGCAAAGAAAGUCAGGUCAUUUGCUCAUUGUUAAACUUUUUCUCUUGCUAUAUGCUUAAGUAUUCAGGGAUUUCUGUGUCCUUACUACAGUAAUGUGUUUUGGCCCAGUGUUUGCCUAGAAUCUGAACUAUUCGUAUAUUAGUUGAACAGAACCUCCCAAUAAGUCCAUCUGAGUAGUCUUUCGUGCUGUUAAAUAGGAGUAGUGUGUAUAUGCACACACCUGUGAAUAUGAUUCUAAGUAUCCUAUGGUGAGGGGAUAUGAAUGUGCAACUUGAAUAAAUAUUACUGACUACACAGAUGCAAUUGAAGGCGAUCGUACAAAUCACACAAAAAUAUUGCACUUUAAGAUUAGUUACAGCUCUGUGCCCUACUAUCCCCGAUGCAACUGUGCCUCAGUACCUGAUACUGUGUUGGUGUAGAGACUGAAAGCUUGGGUACGUGAGAUGUGCAGCACAGACCAUUCAGAUCAGAAGAGUUACUUGUGUGCACACAUCUAGGAGCAGAUCUGAGAUCUUGGUGUUCGUAUUGCUUGCAUAAAAUCCUGAAGGAUGCUAAAAAUAUUUGCAGUAAGCCUUUGAGAGCUGUUCUGUGGCUUGGGCUAGCUCCUCAGUUUCCCACUCUAAGAUUGCAGCACUCUAAUGUAUUAGGUCUCUGUAUAAAUCAUAGUUAAUAUUUGAUAUAAUCUAGUAUAAACCUCCUUGAAUUAUUCCAGGAUAAUUCUAAUAAUGUGCAGUUUCAUAUAGCUGUACUAUAACCAGAAAGUUUACAGACCUUUUGAAGUUUUGUAUAUGUUGAUGGAUGAUCCAAUAAGGUAAGUCAAGGAACAUUUACUGGAUUUAAAUGGAAAACAGCUUGUUUGUUUUUAAAUAAAAUUUAUGUAUAUCUGUUUAAUAGAGAGUAGGGGUUUUGCACCUUUUUUUUUUCUGAUAGUUGUGACAGUACUCAUCACAAGUUAUAGUAAGUUACGUAUGUUUAAGUGAAAAUGUAACUUUUAUUACACCGUAGUUUUACAGGUAACAUAUCAUAUUGAAUUUCCUUGAAAAAAGCUGUAUUUAUUAAUAAGAUGCAGGUAUGUGAAGUAAGGUUCGCCAUUAAAAAAUUGUGACAGUAUCAUGCAGAUCAAUGUUAGGAUUGAUAUUGUCCUAGGAACUACCAGUAUGGAUCAGAACCAGAGAUGUUUCUAGCCCUGUGUGCUGCCUCCAGCAAUGGCCCAACAGAUGGUGUGAAAUAAAGAAAAGAUAAGGUGACCCCGUUUUUCUCCAGGAAUUUUUCUGGUUUUGAACUCAUGGUUUCUUUCAGCCUCUGCAAUCCCUUGUGUCUGUGAGUUUUAUGUUUUAAAAAUAUUUUGUGUGGAGAAAGUGAUUUCUUGUUUGUCUCAGAUCUGUUUAUUCAAUAACUGCUACUGCAUUUGAGCACAGUACUAAAGGUACUGUAAGAUGAACAGUAAUCCACUUCAAGUCAGUUUUUAAAUGCUGCGAGAUAUUCUAAUGACAAAAUACUUUCUUAGGCAUAAAAUGUCCCGUGUUUCUUCUGUCCUUUGGCAGAAGAUGCCUGCCUAAACAGAAAUUUGUCCCAAGCUGAUGAAAAUAUUACCUUACGUGUCCCUUCUGAAUAAAUUUUUACAAAUAAAUCUUUUUGUAUGAAGUACUAAAAGUCAUAUUCCAACCGUGGAACAGGGUUGGGUUUUUUUUUUCCUUUUCAGUGUAAAAGCAAAAUCUGUUAAAGGGAAAACCCAUUCCUAGCCAGCAACUGACUGAGGUACCUCUGGAUUUGGAGACACCAGCAUCAAUGAGUCUAACAUUGUGGUCAUGUAGAACAUGGAAGUACUGUCUAGGUUUGCUGAGAACCAUACUCAUUAUUCCACAUUUUGGUAAUUGUUUUGAUACGUGUCCCCAGAUCCAACUGCAAUUGAAGUAACUGCUAAAAAGGUAAUUUUGAUGGCCAUCAAAGUCUGAAAAUGGAAGAUAGGUCAAAAAGGCCUAAGCAUGGACAACCCCCCCUCCAUUCACAUCAUGGUCAAAAACAUAUAUUCACUAUUAACGGAUAUUUAAUGGAGUUCUCCAAGGGGAAUGUAAAUUGUGUUUCUGUAAUAUGUCUGUGCUCUGUAUUGCCCAUGAACUGUUUCUUUUCCUGAAAGCUGUGUUCCUUUUUCAGCCUGUGUUCUUGAGUAUACUUACUUAAGACCAUUGGAGAAAGCAAGAAUUUCUUUUAAAGAAUAGGUUUAGUAUAUGCCAUAUAGGUUUAAUAUAUGCCAUACCUAGUGGACUCCUAAAAAGUAGUUCAAAAGUUAUAGAGAUCAAUUUAAUAGAGACCUCCUGUGGCUUUACACUUGUAAUGACCUUUAUUUUUGUUUACAAAAGCAUUAAGCUGUUUGCUAUAAAAUAAAAAAUUGCAAGAAUUGGCAAAUUGUUCUGAAAGAAUUCUCUUCUUAGAAACUUGGCACCUUUUAAUUUUACCAUGUUUACAAGUUUAAUGGCGUAUUCAUCACCUGAAGUUUAUUGUGAAAUAUACUGAAUGUACUUACUACUGUGGCUAGCCAUGUGAAAAUUAUUGUUUUGCAGUAAAAAAGGUUAUGGCAUUUAUAUUUUUGGGAUCUGCUCAAGCAUGUUUGCUAAUCAUUAGUUGCUUUUUUUUUUCUGUGUUUUAACGUAUUCCAUGGUUGUUUGCCCUUUAUGCGGUUUGCUUUUGACAACAGGUGAUUAGGUGUAGUUUUGCACUGAUAAAAUUCGAAAAUAUUGUAGAUUUCAUUGUUCAAAUGCAUUCUAAGAAAGAAGUGCAGUAAAAAGAAAAAAGCCAAAGCCCAACAAUUUUUACUUGCAAAAUGGAACAGCUAUAUGUUAGUUUCUAUGAAUGGUCCUGCUCUCUUCUCUGUAUUCCUUUGCAAUGUUUAAUUACAGAAUGCCGUGCAUGUUUGGUAGUACCAAUACCAUAUGUAUGUGGUAGGAGUGGUAACCAGUUUCUGGAUUUGUAAUGCACUAUAAAGAUAUAUUUUAUAAUUCUGUAAAUGUAUGGCAGUGUUAUGCCAAAAAAAAUUGUAUAAACAUAAGAAGCAAUAGUUUAUGUUGCUUACUGCUGUAUUUUAAAUUGUUUGUAAAAUGAAAUACUUGGAUUUCCUUUCAGGUAAAUAUAUUUUUAAUAACAGCAGCCAAAAACUCUGAACUAAUAAAGCUUUUUCAUUUAGCAGCAUUGUUUUAGCAACAUGUACAAAUAUUGUGUAGCUCAAAUAAUGUGUAAUUGCUGUUCAGUGCUUGUUUGUAUAGUCUUCUGUAAAUAUAUUAACACUUAAAAUUAGGGCAUUAAAGGCUCUGGUCCUCCUU